AUGAGACUCCUUUUAUUUCUAGUAAUUUGCCAGUGUGCCAUAAACAGUGUCAAAACAAACAAUCCCAAUGUCAUUUUACUGAUGGCUGAUGAUCUUGGUAUUGGAGACCUGGGAUGUUAUGGGAACAGAACCUUAAGGACCUCUAAUAUUGACAGGCUAGCAGAGGAAGGAGUGACACUUACUCAGCAUAUAGCAGCAUCCCCACUUUGUACUCCAAGCAGGGCAGCUUUCCUGACAGGGCGAUAUCCUAUCAGAUCAGGAAUGGCUGCCUUCUCACGAGUUGGUGUCUUCUUAUUUUCUGCCUCUUCUGGGGGUCUUCCUUCUGAAGAAAUAACUUUUUCCAAACUCCUGAAGCAGAGAGGUUAUGCAACAGCUCUAAUAGGAAAGUGGCAUCUUGGGAUGAACUGUGAAAGCAGUAAUGACUUCUGUCACCACCCCCUCAGUCAUGGAUUUGAUUACUUUUAUGGGCUUACCGUGACCAAUUUUAGAGACUGCAAGCCUGGCCAAGGCAGCGUGUUUUUAAAAGGGGUUCAGAAAUCCCUUGUCAUCCCAAUCCAAAUCACUGGAAUCACCCUGGUCUCUUUGGCAAUAGUGCAGUACCUUGGCCUUCUCAAAGUACCUUUCCAAGCAUUGGGUUACUGCUUGUUAAUAACCGCUAUUUCACUUGCGGUUUUGAUUUUUUUCUUUUAUCAUUUUCGACACUUGAACUGCUUCUUAAUGAGGGACCAUCAGAUUAUCCAGCAACCACUAUCCUAUGAGAACCUUACACAGAGACUGACAAAGGAAGCCAUGCAGUUUAUACAAAGGAACACUGAUACACCAUUUCUUCUUUUCCUGUCUUAUCUACAUGUCCAUACUGCUCUAUAUGCUUCAAACAAUUUCAGAGGAAAGAGCAAGCAUGGUUUAUAUGGGGAUGCAGUGGAGGAAAUGGACUGGAGUGUAGGGCAGGUUCUGGAUGUGCUGGAGAAAUAUAAUCUGAGCAAUAAAACUCUUGUAUACUUUACGUCUGACCAAGGGGCUCAUGUUGAAGAAAUCUCCAGUUCUGGAGAAGUCCAUGGAGGAUACAAUGGCAUAUAUAAAGGUGGAAAAUCAAUGAACUGGGAAGGAGGUAUUCGUGUGCCAGGGCUUCUCCGUUGGCCUGGAGUGAUACAAGCUGGUGCCUAUAUUGAUGAGCCAACAAGUAACAUGGAUAUAUUUCCUACCAUAGUCAAACUUGCAGAGGCACAGUUACCCUCUGACAGAAUUAUUGAUGGACAUGAUCUGAUGCCCUUACUUCAAGGAAAAGUAACCAGAUCCAAGCAUGAAUUUCUCUUCCAUUACUGUAAUGCAUAUUUAAAUGCAGUGCGCUGGCAUCCAGGAAACAGUGAAUCUGUCUGGAAAGUCGUCUUCUUCACUCCAAACUUCAGUCCUGAAGACUCCAAUGGUUGCUACGAUUCUCAUGUUUGCUUCUGCCAUGGAGGAUUCAUCACACAGCAUGAUCCCCCACUGCUCUUCGAUCUUUCCAGAGACCCUGAAGAGAAAGUCCCACUGACUCCAGAAACGGAGAGCCGUUUCUACGAAAUCCUCAGGGUCAUACACCUAGCAGUAGACAACCACACCAGAUCCCUGCACCCUGUCCCUGACCAGCUGUCAUGGGACAACCUUCUCUGGAAGCCGUGGCUCCAAGUGUGCUGCUCCUCUCUCUGGCAGUCUUGCUACUGUGACUAUGACUCAGAAGGGAGACUGCAAGAGGUGCAUUCAGGAUAA